UUACUGUUGUGAUAAAUACUGAAUUAUGUAACUUUAUUAAGACUUUUUCGCAUUUUGCAAUUCUUGUUGAAAGUGAUAUCUUUUAAUAUCUGUAGAGGUCAGGUUUAUUUCCUAUGUAAACAGAAAUUGUAGUGUUCACACUACUAAUGCAAUUGAGGUCAUUCAGGGAUAAUAUUUAUUUACGCUUAAAGUUGAACAUAUGGAACGGUUUUUAUUUGAUAUAAAAGUAAAUUUCAACACGGAUAAACAAAGUGUGCACAUACUAUCGGAGGGGUUGAAGAACGACGGGAAGUGAAAUGGAUUUUAUUCAACUGUUAUUCGAGCCAGUAUAUCUGUUGGUGGCUGUGAUAGUUGUGUUGAGUUUCUUGUAUAUUUUCAAUGGAAAGAGAUACACUAACCUACCCCCGGGACCUAAACCAUUGCCCAUUAUAGGUAACAUAUUUGAUGUCAGAGGGAAGGGAGCACUGUAUGAAGUUGCCUUAAACUUACGGCAAAAGUACGGAGACUUGGUUAGGCUACAACUUGGCCCGAACAGCAACGUUGUGCUAGUUAUGGGACAAGAGAAGAUAUUCAAGGCAGCUGUCACGAUGAACGAGUCGUUUAAAUACAGACCUACAAAUUUCUUUGUUACGAAUUACAUAUUCAAUAACCAAGGACUUGUUUUUUCGAAUGGUGAUGUCCAUGCUACUGUCCGAAAAUUCACACUGAACGCAUUGAGAGAUUUUGGAGUUGGGAAAAGAAGUAUCGAAGGUCGAAUUCAAGAGGAAGCAGUUAUUUUAAGUGAAGUUUUAGAGAAACUAGAUGGAAAACCAGCAUAUCAUCUCGAUACCUUCAAAAUGGCCGUCGCAAAUAUUAUCGCAGGGAUUGUCUACGGAAGCAGAUUUGAAUACAAUGAUCCGACCUUUACGGAUCUGAUUCACAAGGUCGAUGCAAUUUUCAAAGAACUCAGCCUGUUUCUUCCUGAAAACUUUUUACCCAUAUUAAGAUUUCUUCCCGGAUCCAAGAUAAGCAAAGUAUUUGGUAUUUUCAAAAGUCUUGAAAAAUAUGCCAAAGGUCGCAUUGAAGAACAUCGGGAAACCUUUGACCCCGACAACAUCCGGGAUUUUGUUGACUUAUUUUUAAAGAAUGAAGGUGGAAAUGGAGACGACGCUAUUAAUGAGGCCAAUUUAUUCCGCCUGAUUGUCGACCUCUUCAAUGCUGGCACCGACACUACAGCCAAUACCAUGUCCUGGGCAAUCAUUCAACUAAUAAAGAACCCAGAAGUCCAGAAAAAAUGCAGGAAAGAAAUUCUUGAGGUUGUAGGUACAGGACGAAGCAUAAGUCUAGAUGAUAAAAAAGACCUUCCAUAUUUACAAGCUUUUCUUAACGAGGUCCUGCGGUAUAGUACAAUUGCACCACAAACGGUUCCCCAUUCUGUAAUAGAAGACACAGAGUUUGAAGGUUACACCAUACCUAAAAAUAGCGUCGUAAUAUUCGUUCUCUUCACUAUGUUGAUGGACAAAGACAAGUGGGGAGAUCCGGAUAAUUUCAGACCUGAGAGGUUCCUGUCUGAAAAAGGCGAAUUUGUUCAAGACAAGGAACAUUUUGCACCUUUUAGUUUGGGUGGAAGGUCAUGCGUUGGCAAGUUCUUGGCAAAACAAGAGCUAUUCAUAUUUCUUGGAACACUGAUACAGCGGUUUGAGUUCAAAUCUCCACCCGGAAGUCCUCCGCCAUCAAUACGAAGAAUUCAGACGGGAAUAACCAGUCAACCUGAAAAAUAUGACAUAUGUGCUGUACCAUAUUAAAUCAUUGAAUCGUAAAACAUAAUGCUAUGGUAUCGGUGGUAUACCAUUAAACCAUUGAGUGGGAUGUUGUGUUACCACAUCUUCAUGUGAUAAUAUCGUAAUGUAGAUAGCUUAAUCUCGAAGCAUUUAAAUAUUUUUAAUAUCUCAAUUUUCAAUACAUUUCCACUGGGAGAUUAUAUAAAAUAAUGGAAAAUAAAAAAUCCCUCGAGAGUUGCAGAUCAAUUUGAUUGAGUCUUUUCGUGAGAGAAAAUGAGAAUUGCACGAUUCUUCGCGCACCCUAGCACCGACAGGCAUAAGCAGUAAACUUAAUAUAGAUUUGAAAUUCAGUCGAGAAUUAAUAAUAAUGUUAUAAUCAUUGUGUGUUGUUCAUUCUCAAUAAGUCAAAAUGUGUAAUGUAAUAGUUAUAGUCUUAUUCAAGCCCGGCUAACUUUCAAUUUGAGCCGCGUCACGACAAAACCAACGUAAUGCGUUUGCGACCAGCAUGGAUCCAGACCAGCAGUCUGAUCAGGAUCCAUGCUGUUCGCUAUCAGUUUCUCUACUUGUAAUAGGGUUUGUAAGCGAACAGCAUGGAUCUUGAUCAGACUGCGCGGAUGCGCAGCCUGGUCUGGAUCCAUGCUGGUCGCAAACGCAUUACGUUGGUUUUGUCGCUAAAAGCGGCUCAUUUUAUUUUGACUGUAAGAAAAUGGUGACGUAUUAUGAAGACAGGCUUAUUAGCGAGACAGGCUGAUUCUCGAAUUUUUAUAAUAUUUAAUCUUUAACACAAUAACGUAUAUGUAUUGGAAUCUAUGAUCCUUAAGGAUUUGCAAAAAUAAAACAACACCGAACUGUAGAACUGUAGAAGUCUAAUUAUUUAAAUAGAUUAAAAGUCAGACAAAAAGAUGAAAAAAACGUGAUGUUAUUAUUGAUCAAUGCAUAUAGAAAAAUACAUCAGUUACAUGACAAUUUAAAUGUAUGACCUCACAGUUUUACAAAAUACGAAAACUAACCUCUUGUUCUUGUAGUCUUAUUCAAAGCAAAGAUCUGACUUAUAACAUAAUGGUUUAAAGCCUUCAAACCGCAAUCCUUGUUACGUAUAGUCUCUUCUUUUUUGUACAUGUCUAUAUAGAAUGAAUGCUACGAUUGGUUUGUUCCGGCAGCCGAUCCAAUUGACCGGUUUUCUUGGACAACCAACCUGACAUUUCCUACAUGACGUUAGGUCUGGUGUUUAGCUACUUGUUUUCAUUUCUGGUUUUGUAAAUUAUAUGAUUUAUAUGAAAUGUAAGCUUAAUUAACGUUUUGUUUGCUUCCAUUUUGUGAUAGUUUAUGAUAUACAUGACUAUUAUUAAACACGUACACUUUUAUUGUCAUAUAUGAUUUGUGAGUAGAAUAACUAAAUAAAAAGUAAAUUUAU